CAUCUCUUGAAGCUCUGGUGAACUAAGGAAGAAAGGAGCGGUAUCCUGCACGUUUUCCCGCCAUAUUACCUUCGCUACUCUUAUUUCAAGCGAUUUUUAUUUGAAGGAAUAUAAUAUUGAUAUGUGAACCAUCACCCACACAGACACUGGACGGAAUACUUCAGUCUUACACUCCAGUCUGGGCCUAAACAGGGGGUGAGGAUGGGGCGUGGGGACAACCUGACCAUAUUAUACCCUUCUGGGUGUAAGGAAGUGACGGAAGAUGUUGGUCCUGAUGAGCUAAUCCGGCGGCUGAAGACUUUAGCUCACACUCUACAGUCCAUGGGCCAGGAUGAUGGUGCUUACCAGGUUAGUGAAUACGUCCCAUUGGCCAUGCACAUAGCAGAUGACUUCUUUCUCUCUUAUCCGAGUCGUGAUGUGCAGCUGCUGAUAGCCUGCUGCAUUGCUGAUGUUUUGAGGGUUUAUGCCCCAGAAGCGCCUUACAAAGAUCCUGGACAAGUGAAGACUCUCUUCAUGUUCCUGAUAAAGCAGCUUGGAGGCCUCAAAGAUCCUAAAGAUCCAGCCUUCAAGCGCUACUUCUACCUCCUAGAGAACCUGGCCUAUGUCAAGUCCUUUAACAUGUGCUUUGAGUUGGAAGAUUGUCAAGAGAUAUUUUGCAAGCUUUUCAAACUAAUGUUUAACAUUGUCAAUGAUGAACACAGUGGGAAGGUGAAGUCAUUUAUGUUGGAUGUCCUCUGUCCACUUAUCAAUGAGAGUGAUGUCGUGUCUAAUGAUCUCUUAGACAUUAUACUGUCCAACGUUCUUGAGCCAGCCAAGUCCCAGCGGAAAAACGCUUAUCAUCUAGCCAAAGAACUGGUGGUCAAAUGCUCCGACACCUUGGAACCUUACAUACAAGCAUUCUUCAACCAUGUCUUGAUAUUGGGUCGUGAGGAGAAGACACUGACCAUAUCACAGAAGGUAUACGACCUCAUUUACGAAUUGAAUCACAUAUGUCCUUCAGUCUUACUAUCCGUCUUACCACAGUUGGAGUUUAAACUGAAGAGUUCUGAUGAAGAGGAGCGUUAUGGGUCAGUCUCUUUACUUGCUCGUAUGUUCUCAGAAAAGGAUUCAACUCUGGCACUGAAUCAUAGACAGUUGUGGACUGCUUUUCUGGGGAGAUUUAAUGACAUCAGCAUCAAGAUUCGUACAAAGUGUGUCCAGUAUUCUAUGCACUUCUUAUUAAAUCAUCCCCUGCUACGAAAAGACAUUACAGACACCUUGAAACUCAGACAGCACGACUCUGAAGAGAGUGUGAGAUAUGAAGUUGUGAUGGCCAUUGUAUCAACUGCCAAGAAAGACUUCAGCAUAGUGUCAGACAGUGAAGAUCUCCUUAAUUUUGUAAAGGAGAGAACACUUGAUAAAAAGUUCAAGAUUCGUAAGGAAGCCAUGUGUGGUUUAGCAAUGAUAUACAAAAAACACCUCAAUAGUCCAGAUGUUCCACCAGCCACCCGCCACGCUGUCACCUGGAUCAAGGAUAAGAUUCUUCAUGGCUACUACAUGACCAGCAUGGAUGACAGAUUACUUGUGGAACGUCUCUUAAAUACAUGUCUGGUACCAUAUCAGCUUCCCCCAGAAGACCGCAUGAAGAAGCUGUUUUAUCUGUAUGCCUCUAUUGAUGACAAUGCUACCAAAGCCUUCAUAGAACUUCAGAAACACCAGUUGGCCGUGAGAAAAAAUGUUGCCGAGCUUAUUGAGCUUCACCGAAAGCCUCAGGAUGAGGAGCGAGACCGUGAAAUUGCUUACAGACUUGGCCACCUCACUAAGUUCCUUCCUGACCCUCUAAAGGUUCAGGAGUUCCUAAGAAAGUUUUCUCAGAACCUUAAUACUGACCCACAGUUAUUGUCACUUAUGGAAACUGUUGUCAGUCAUGAUGUUUCGUGCAAAGACAGUGUAGAAGCCGUGACACAGAUCCUGAAGAAGCUCGGGCAACCAGUGAUGACCAACUUGUAUUAUAACACCAUCAAGAUGUUGCUGGAGCGUGUGUCUAGUGUCAUGGUGGACCAGACAGCACUGGAGGCCCUUGUAGGACUAGUAGAGGGGGCUCUUAGUGCAGACACAAGUGUGCUCGACUCCCUCAACCUCACCUCCGACAUUGCUACCGAAAAAGGACUAAAGCUGCUGUUUGUGUUAUCAUUUGUGUAUCCAGCUCACUUCUUGCAUGCGGACAUCCUGACGCGACUCAUUGCCCUCCUCAACGUGCCAGAUUCAACAAUAUCCCCACCAGUCCUUUCUGUUCUUACCUACAUAGGCAAAUAUAAACCUAUUGGGGAACCAUAUCCAGAUCUUGCAUCAGUGCUUAUUCCAAUUUGUCAGCGGUUUGCAGAAUCAGGUACCCCCAAACAAGCUAAGCAUGCUGUACGAUGUCUUCACACAAACUGCACUUCAGACUCAGAUGAAGUGUUUGAAAGGAUAUUGGAGAAAAUCAAAGAACAGCUGACAUUUGAUAGCGUACACUUCAGAACAGCUGUUGUGUCCUUGGGUCACAUAGCUUUCAACAUGCCUGACAAAUUCCUAAUACCCAUAAAAAAUGUUGUAUCAAGAAAGGUUGUUAAAGAGUUGUUAAUGCGGAACCAAACCAGUGCACACACCCCGGGCCCUCUCCCAAGAGAUGAUGUUGAAGAGUGGAUCGAGGAGGAAUUGUUGACUGAGGAAUCAUCAGUUAAAAUGGAGGGCAUCAAAAUGAUGGCAAGAUGGCUUCUAGGACUAAAGUCUGACGUGAUCUCAGCGCAAAAAACGUUCCGUAUGCUAAAUGCCUUCAUCCUUCACAAGGGUGAUUUACUAGAAACUGGUAAAAUGCUGCAGUCCCCGAGUUAUGAACGCCCGACUUACGAACACCCGCACUUACGAACGGGAUCCCAAUAUAUUCAGCACAAAAAUCAGAAAGCAGAAAUGGCUCAUCUAAGACUAUCUGCUGGUGCUGCAAUGCUCAAGAUUUGUGAGCAGAAGGGCGUUGGUGACCAGUUUACCUCAGAGCAGUUCUACAAUCUCUCUCUUCUCAUGAAUGAUGAGUGUCCACAAGUUCGUGAAAGGUUUGCCAUCAAGCUGCACAAGGGUCUGGCUCGAGGGAUUCCACACAAAUGCCUGCCUCUUGAUUUCAUGGGGUUCUAUGCCUUGGCUGGGCUAGAACCUGACCGACAGUUGAAAAUAGCAGUUAGGCAAUACAUGAUGGCUGACAUUAGCAAGAGAAGAGAUUAUAUUAGGUCAAUCACUAUGUCAGGAGGAAGUGAGAAAGCAUCCAGCCAACUGCCACACAUCAUGCCAGACUACAUGCUGGUGUUCGCUGUGCCCCUUCUUGCCCACCAACCAGACUUUAAGGACCCCACUGAUGUGUCCCAGUUAACUCGUAUUCGCUCCUGUCUCUGGUACAUCCUUGAACCUCUUAUGACCAAGAAUGAUGUUUAUUGUUUUGGGUUUUAUAAGGCACUCAUUGAACAGAUGAAGAAUCACAAAGAUGCAGUGAAGCCAGAAGAUGAAAUAACAAAUCAGAAAUUGUGGGCAGUAUGUGACUUAGCAAUGGGCCUCAUUUUGUCUAAGACGACAAGUUUCGAGAUGAAGGAGUUCCCCUCUGACCCCCGGAUACCCCCUAUGUACUUUAAGAAGCAUGAGGAUCCGAACUUUGUAAAUGUAAAAUCGUACCUGCCAACUGAAUUACAAGUGAAUGCGCCCAAGGGGUCAACCAAGGUGCUGACAGGCGUGACAAAGAAAACAACAAAUACAGUGAUGAUGGUUAAGUCUGCAGUGCUGAACAAACAGAGACCUGAAGACAGAGUGGAGGAUAAUGUAACAACUAGCAGCAGCAUAGACUUGCCAGUAAUGAAGGAGGUCAAGGAUGAAGACACAAUGAUGGAUGAGGACACAAGUAACUUAACUAAUACCAGAAAAAGAAGUCGUGGUGGCUUUAACUUGGAGGAUGAGUUAGACAAUGAUGACAGCACAACACUAACCAGUGUAUUGCCCACACCCACCGUUCCAUCUGCAUCCUCAACAGGACCUGCAAGCAAGAGAGGGCGUAUCGGAGGAGCUAUUGAUGCGGCAUCCAAUAGGAUAUCUAGUUAUCUACAGAAAGAGACAAAUGGCAAGACGUGAGUAACCAGUCCAACAGAAAGCUAAAACAGACUUGUUAUGAGAAUGCAAAGGGUUGUAGUUGUGCUUAGAGUACCCAGAUAGGACAGAAACAGCAUCACUUGUACACUGUAAGCCUUAGGUGUGGCUUUCAGGCAUAAUUAGUGUCCAUACCAAAGUUUAGGUAUAUUUCCAUGCCAGGUCUAAUUGAGGAAAGUAUACUGGUCAGAAGUGGGAACAAAUGUGUAACCUGUUGAAGAAUGGCAGUCUUAGAAGGUAGUCGAAGGUGUUGUACAUAUAAAAGUUAAAGAGUUGGCUGAGAAGGUGGGAUAUGUCGAGUGUAUUUUUAUUUAUUUACUUGUUUUUCUUCAUAAUUUGAGGAGAAGAAUGGUCCUAAGUCUCAUAUGAAUGAAAUGCACUGUCAUUAAAAAGUAA